AUGGAGCCUACUCUUCCGUUUCCGAAUCCGGCGAAUCCGACUCCGCCGACUCUCACUGAUCAUUACGACAAUCCCUAUUAUCUCCACAACUCCGAUCAUGCGGGAUUGAAGUUAGUCACUGAUCGAUUGACUUCUGGUGCUGAUUUUCAUUCUUGGAGGCGUUCUGUUCGAAUGGCAUUGAACGUACGCAAUAAGCUUGGGUUUAUUGAUGGUACGAUUCGUAAACCUCCCUUUGAUAGUAGAGAUUCAGGUUCUUGGUCUAGAUGCAAUGAUAUGCUAGCAACUUGGUUGAUGAACUCCGUUUCUAAGAAUAUUGGUAAAAGCUUGCUAUUCAUGUCUACUGCGGAGUCCAUUUGGAACAAUUUGAUGUCAAGAUUUAAGCAGGAUGAUGCGCCUCGUGUAUUUGAGAUUGAGCAGCGUUUGUGUAAUAUCAAUCAAGGUUCACUGGAUGUUAGUGCCUAUUACACAAAGUUGAUUACGCUUUGGGAGGAGUAUAAGAACUAUAUUGAGUUGCCUGUCUGCACAUGUGGACGUUGUGAGUGUAAUGCAGCAGGUCUCUGGGAGCAGUUGCAACAACGAGGGCGUGUCACCAAGUUCCUCAUGGGUCUUAAUGAUAGCUAUGAGCAGACACGUCGAUACAUCCUCAUGCUGAAGCCGAUUCCCACUAUUGAAGAAGCUUUUAAUAUCGUUGCUCAGGAUGAGAGACAGAGGAAUCUUAAACCAGUUGCUCAAACUGAGAGUGUGGCUCUUCAGACUUAUGGCUCAGCUCCUGCGACAACUCCAGAGUAUGUUGAUCCUUCUGCAUAUGUUUCUGCUUACAACACCUAUCGUCCUCGUGGUAAUCGACCUCUCUGUACUCACUGUGGUCAACUUGGCCACACUGUUAUUGCUACUGAUCCUACAACUGGUGUUCAGCUACCUUAUUUGCCACCACCAGCUAUCUCGGCGAGUUCUAUAGAUGUUAAUCAGCUCAGCUCUUCUCAAUUACAGUCCAUCAUUCAACAGCUCCAGUCUCAUAUUCAAUCAUCUGCUACUGUUGCUUCAUGUUCUACUGCUUCUAUCACUGAACAUGGUGUCAUGGCUGAACAAUCCACCUCUGAUAGUGGUGCAACAAGUCAUGUUUGUGCCGAUCUGUCAAAGUUUCAGGAAGUUGUUGCCGCAUCUGAUCUCACAGACCUUUCUCAGGCCUUGAUGAUUGGGAAGGGUUAUGUCUUCCGUAGUCUUUACAUUCUCGAUCUUCAUCAUACAUUUGCUUCCAAUUCCGCUGCUCUCUGUGCUUCAUUCUCUGUUGAUAGUGUUACUUGGCAUAAUCGUCUUGGUCAUCCAUCAGCUGCAAAGUUAAAGGUCCUGAUAUCCAUCAGGUUACAAAGGAUACAAGGUGCUAGAUCAGAUACUCGUUCUGUUUCCAUUACUCGUGAUGUCAUUUUCCAUGAGCAUAUCUUCCCAUUUCUUAAUAGAGAUUCCCCUGUAUUUGACUUCUUUCACAACUUUGUUCUUCCUAUGCCUGCAUCUUUUAUAAAUGAACUUCCUACUGCAUCAUCUUCUAAUACUUCUCGUGCAUCAUCUUCUUCUUCCUCUUCAUCUACAUUACCUCAUGCAUCUUCAUCAGUCAUACCAUCAACAUCAUCAUCUACUUUACCUUCACCAUCAUCAAAUGCAUUACCAUCUACAUCAUCUUAUAUUUUACCAUCAUCGUCCUCAUCUACAUUACCAUCUACAUCAUCCUCUGCAUUACCUAUUGCAUCAUCUUCAUCAUUACCAAAUGAGGUUCCGCCAACUAAUGGGACUGCUAGAACAGAUGCUUCAGUGGCUUCUGGGAAUGCUGAUAGACCAUGCAGACAGACUAAGGCCCCUAGCUACUUACAAAACUAUCAUUGUGCCCUUUUACAAUCUCAUUCUUCCUCUAUUCCACUUACUCAUACUACUCCUUACCCACUUUCCUCUGUUCUUUCCUAUGCCAAAAUCAAACCACAUUACAAAGCCUUUAUUCUUUCCUAUUCUCUUGAAACUGAACCCAAAAAUUUUCAUGAGGCCAUGUCAUCUGAUCGGUGGAAGAAAGCUGUAAAUAUGGAGCUUCAUGCAAUGGAAGAAAAUGGAACUUGGUAUGUUGUCUCUCUUCCUCCAGGCAAGAACGUUGUUGGCUGUAAAUGGGUUUUCACCAUUAAAUUCAACGCUGAUGGAACCGUGGAGAGAUACAAAGGUCGCUUAGUUGCUAAAGGAUUUAUUCAGCAAGAGGGCGUGGACUAUAACGAGACUUUUUCUCCGGUUAUCAAGCUUACAAGUGUUAAACUAAUGUUGGGAUUGGCUGCUAUCAAAGGUUGGACUCUCACACAGAUGGAUGUCUCUAAUGCCUUCCUGCAUAGUACACUUGAUGAGGAGAUAAAUAUGUCGCUCCCUCAAGGUUAUACGCCACCUGAUGGUGUGAUCUUGCCACCAAAUGCUUCUGAGUCUGACACAAGUCUGUUUGUGAAAGCUACCUCCCCUUCCUUUAUUGCGGUUCUCGUCUAUGUUGACGACAUUGCGAUCGCUAGCAACAAUGAUCAAGACCUGACUGCUCUUAAGGCGACUCUGGCUUCUGCUUUCAAGAUAAAAGACUUGGGUCCGAUGAGAUUUUUCCUUGGCUUGGAGAUUGCGCGCACGACUGCAGGUAUAUCUAUCUGUCAACGCAAGUAUACUUUGGACUUGUUGGAGAGUACAGGUCUUCAUGCUUGCAAACCAGCGUCUAUUCCGAUGGAUCCUUAUGUUCAUCUCAGCAUCGAAGAUGGCGUUCCCUUACCGUCUGCUCGUCCUUAUAGGGAGCUUAUUGGUCGCUUGUUGUACCUGACUAUUACACGUCCUGACAUAACCUUUGCGGUUCACAAGCUUAGUCAGUUUCUUCAGGCUCCAACUGAUAUUCAUCUUCAUGCUGCUCAUCGGAUUCUACGCUAUUUGAAAGGCAAUCCUGGUCAAGGUCUCUUUUACUCUGCUUCAUCUGAUCUUUGUAUCAAUGCCUUUGCUGAUGCUGAUUGGGCUACAUGUCGGGAUACAAGGAUCUCUACUACUGGCUUUUGUGUCUAUCUCGGUAACUCUCUUAUUUGCGCUCGUUCUCAGAAGCAAAAGGUGGUUAGCCGCAGUAGUACAGAAGCAGAAUAUCGUGCGCUCGCUGAUGUUACACGGGAGAUCAUCUGUUUUCAGAAGUUGCUUAAGGAUUUUCAGGUUGAUGUGAUGGCAGUUGCUAAGCUCUUCUGUGAUAACAAGUCCGCCAUCUACAUUGCCACCAAACAUGUUGAGUUGGAUUGUCACAUAGUUCACAAUCAACUCAAAGCUGUUGCUCUCAAGGCUAUACAUGUUACCAGUGAGAACCAACUUACAGAUAUACUGACCAAGCCUCUACAUCCUGGACCGUUUAACUCCUUACUUGGUCGUCUAUCUGUUUCAAGCCUUUAUCUUCCAUCUCCUCCUGAUUAA